GGUACUGGAAAAGUCAUAAAUUUCCUUAUGACAAAAAAAGGAUAAGAACUAAAAAAAGGAAAACACACAUAGGAAAUACAAAAAAAAAAAAAAAGUUUUAUUAUUUUUUUUUUAUUUAAGAAAAGAUUUUAUAAAUAUCAUUGAAAAUAUUAUGAAUGUCGACCUUAUUAUUCCAUAUUGAGCUUAUAAUCUUUUCAUUAUUAACAAUAUUAUCAUGGCCCCGGAUAGAAAUAAAACAUACAUUAUGCUCUCGAGAUAACAGUAGACUUGUUAGAAAAAUAAUACAUUCUAAAUGGCAACCAAUACUUGAUCAAUAUAAAGUAAAACUUCCAAUAGAUUGCCCUUUUCAUAAAAUACGUGAUAUAUUUUGGCCAAUUCAAAAAGCAAAAAAGAAAAAUCGACCAACUCAAUGGACAUGUUCCUUAUGUGGUAAAAGCUUUUUCUCUGAGAAAUAUAUUGAUGAUCAUUUAGAGAAACAUGAUGUGAUUAAUCAGGCUGAGGAUGCCAUUUGUUUAGCAGAUUUUUGCGAUGUUAUGCGUUGUGAUGUAUGGUCUUCACAAGAUUUAACAUUAUCAUCUUCUGCUCCCAUAACAACUGAUAUGGAAGUUUGGAAAGAUAAAGCAAAUAAUUUACCUCAAGGAAGCCUUAUAAGACUUGACCCAAUUGCUUCUGAAAGGAAGUUGCUGCCGGAUACAAAACCUAAUAAUAUUUUGAAAAAAUCACAAAUAUCAAUGUUAAAAUUUCUUAGAAGAAAACCAUGUAAAAGCAAUAUGGAAGAAAAUAGAAAAUAUUCUUCUCCACAAAAUCCUAAUACAAAUGAUAAUGACAAUGAUGGUAAUACAAAUGCAAAGACAUUCUCAACAAGCAAUCAAACUUUUAACAAAUAUAAUAAUUUUACAAUAAAUAAUGGUACAGAAAAUCAAAAAUUUUAUCGUAAAUGUGAUCCAGAUGGUAUUGCGAAAAUUAAACAAAAAUGUGAAUAUACGGUACGAAAAUGUAUAACUGGAUUAUUAUUAGAGAUGACCGAUUUACAAUUUAGAGAAUUAGAAAAUGAAUUAAAUCGUGUUGUUUGUUGGUAUCUAACAUGUGAUCGAUAUUGGGAAGAUGGUCCAGUACAUAUGAAAAGUUUUCCAUGGGCUAUUUUAUUUUUAGGAAUUUUUAUUGUAUCUCUUGGAAUAAGUUUUUGUUAUUACAUUAUAUUCAUAAGAUAUGAAACCACUGAAUAUAGUAACAAUAGUAGAGAUAUAUAUAGACCAACACAUAAUGCUGUAAAUUCAAUAAAAAUGCGUACACCAUCAAAUUCGAGAUAUUCAACAAAUCAUCCUAGAUAUAGAGAAAAUUCUAAUGUGCCCAAUAUACAACAUCAACAACAACAAUUACAUCAACAACAACAACAACAGCAACAUCAAAUGCAACAACAACAAUCAUUUCAACACAAUCAAUCUAAUCAAUUACAGCAGCAGCAACAACAUCGUAAUAUUAUUGAUUAUGACAAAGAUAUUAUUUGCUCAGAAAGUAUUGAUAUUCGAACUGAUAAUGUAACACCAGCCCAAAAUAAUCAUUAUAUUUAUGUUACUUAUCCAACCGAAGUCAAAAAACAAUUAUUUGAUUCAAAUUAUUGAAGAAAAAAAAACAAAAAAUAAUAAAAAAAAAACAAAA